AUGUUUGCGAAUGGUGAGGGGUUGGAUGAGUUACGGUAUAUGCGUGGGACUGGGGAAGGCGCGGGGUGAUGGAAGAGGGCGAGGAGGUUGGAGUGGAGAGCGGGCGGGCGGGCAGGAGGAUGUUCAUCGAUCGACUCGCUCGCUCACACGAUCUUGAUUGCACUCGCUAUACCACCGCACCCGCGCGAGGGCACGUUGAGGAGGGGGCAUCAGAGAAGUUCUACACCAAGAUCUGCAGCACCACUACAGCAGGCACUUGGGCAGUGUGAGUGAGUGAGUGAGUGUCAGUCGUAUGUACUGUAUAUCGAGUCUCGAGUCGUGAGCAGAGGGCG